CUCCAACAGUCCCACACCAACGUUGCUGGUCUCAUCACCGCUGAGCAGUACAUAAUUAAAAAAGAAGGUGUCCAGCGUGCAAUUCGCUACUGCAUGCUCUGCAGCAGCCCGAACUGCCCUUCCUCGCGACUGAGAUCUCCCAGAUCCUCGGAUCGUGGCUGGAUACAAUCUACUACGCGUCUUCUGCUAUAUUUCUGCCGGAGCCCGAUAACAGCAUGAUUCAGAAGACGAACGCACGCGCAGGGAGCAGCACCGUCGCCGCAGAGGAUCCCGAUGACGGCCCCCGCUCGUGGGGAAACUGGGUCGGGCGGAGGUACUACUCACUGGAGGUCGUCCAACACCCGCUCCGGGCGCGGAUGUGUGGGUUUGGCGAUAAAGACAGGCGGCCUCUGGCUCCCGCCGCUGUGGCCAAAAUGAUUGUGCAGAGGGAUGACGGAAGCAUAGUAGACGUCGAGGAGAUCGACUGCUCGUUCUUCCUGGUGACGGUCGACUUGUGGUCGGCAGACGGCAAGCACGAAAUGAAUCUCGUCCUGCACCCCACGUCCGCUGAUCGGUACGUCCUGCCCCCCACGUCCGCUGAUCGGUACGUCCUGCCCGCGAACCACCUCAAAGCAAAACGACGCGCUGCCGCCAAUGCCGCUCAUCAGCGCUCGGGAAGAGACAGUCCUCCGCCGGCCUCCGCCUCUCAAGACAAUACGCAACCGAAUGCAGUACCUCCAUACAUGGCCCCUCCCAGUGCGGGCUACUCAGCCCAGGUCUAUCCGUACCCCGCGCAACCACCCUCCGAUCCGCAGAGCUAUCAGCCCAUGGCAAGCUACGGCUCGUCAUCCGAAGCCCCGAUGCCCUGGGGCUAUCCUCCUCAGGCAACGUCAAUGGACCGAGCUUCGCAAUAUCCGCCGCCCCCUGUCCUCCGUCCCAUUCAUUCCGCAGGCCGGAGCAAUUCGACCACUGGCGGGCCUGCGGCAGGAGUAAGUUACAACUCCGCAGGAACAUCAAGACCUGGCGCGGGAGAAGACUGGCCGCUUGAGAACCCAGGGAGGGAGGAUGCGGAAGGCAUGCCAUACCGCACCUGGCCACAAGACGCUUCUUAUUCUCCGCUCGAUAACAAUAGCGUGUCUCAUAGCUCCGGCGCGAUCGAGCCUUCGCUCCGCCAUUCACAUGGGCCGCCUUCGAAUCACGAGCAUUCUUACGCGUCUUCUGAGACGUACACUCAGAACAGAUACUCUCAGGAGCAGUACAACACCAUCGGGCACCAGCAGCCCAUCGAUGCACAAGGGUAUCCACAAGCACCAUACACGCAACAGCCGCCGCCUGGGUCACACUAUCACGACGCGCAAUACGCUCAGGAACCUACGCCGCCAUCGAAUAUGCCCCCCUUGCCAAGGCACACCUAUACACGGACGCUCGUCGGGCCCCUGUCUGCGAACGCCUGCAGCCUGGUGGACGAGCAUCGAAAACCCGGAAUCUUCUUUCUCUUUCAGGAUCUGUCAGUCCGGACAGAAGGUACCUUCCGUCUCAGGCUGCGUCUCAUGAACGUCGGCGCGCCUCCGGCUCCUGAGGGAAGAGCGUCUCGAAUACACACAGGCGUAUCGCCCGUACUUGCCCAGACAUUCACUGAGCCGUUUGUCGUAUUCUCCGCCAAACGCUUCCCUGGCGUGCCAGAUACUACCGCCCUCUCCAUAGCCCUCGGCAGUCAAGGGCAGAAACUUCCUCUGCGAAAUCGGAAUGGUAGCGCAAAACUGGGCCGGAAGAGGCUCCGUAGCGGGUCAUCAGCCUUGUCCGGCGACGAGUCCGAUGAGGGAGGAACAUGAUGACGUAGGCGUCGAAUUGUCAGUUUCGGGUUACGUGGACCUUCGCUUCGCUCGCCGCGUUUGCAU